AUGCCCUCUUCAAGUUCUUCCAAGGCGGACAUAAUUCCUCCAUAUGAAUUACAGGAUGUCAAGAAGGUUGAGCAACCUGCUAUUUCGAAUCAAGAGUUGGAAAAUGAAGUAGAAUAUUUUAGUGGAGAGCCACAGGGUACUAAUGAGUCGGAACCACAUGGCAAUACGGGUCGUAAUGAUGGAUCAGCAAAAGGCAAUAUUUUUGUGAAUUUUAUCGAUGGUUUUAGAAGACAAACGAAUCACAAUUCAGCAGCAGAGGAUCUGGAAAAUGAAUUGACGACUUGUGUUUCUCCCGCUACUCUUAGUGAUUACAAGAAGAGCGGCGACAGUGGUUCGGUCGAUGAAUUGGAAGGGAAGACGAAAGAGGAGCAUUUAAAGAAAAGCAUUAAGCCACGCCAUGUGGUGAUGAUCUCGCUUGGGACUGGUAUUGGUACUGGUUUACUGGUCGGUAACGCCAAGGCGUUGAACGAUGCCGGUCCCGCUGGUUUGGCCAUCGGAUAUGCCAUUAUGGGAAGUUGUAUUUAUUGUAUCAUCCAGGCGGCCGGUGAGAUGGCUGUCACUUACAGUAAUUUGGUCGGUGGGUUCAAUGCUUAUCCUUCGUUUUUGGUCAGUCCUAAGCUUGGGUUCGCUGUGGCUUGGGUUUAUUGGUUACAGUGGGCAUGCGUGUGUCCAUUGGAGUUGGUCACCGCUUCUAUGACUAUCAAAUAUUGGACUACAAAGGUCAAUCCAGAUGUUUUUGUCGUGAUCUUCUACUUCCUCAUCAUUGUUAUCAACGUGUUUGGUGCCCGUGGUUACGCAGAGGCGGAAUUCUUCUUCAAUUGUUGUAAAGUGCUUAUGAUAACUGGUUUCUUUAUCCUAGGUAUUAUUAUUAACUGUGGUGGUGCUGGUAACGAUGGAUACAUCGGUGGAAAAUACUGGCACGAUCCGGGCGCUUUCAGAGGUGAUAAAGCGAUUGAUCGUUUCAAGGGUGUUGCGGCCACUCUUGUCACUGCUGCUUUUGCCUUUGGUGGUUCCGAAUUCAUCGCUCUGACUGCUAGUGAACAAUCCAAUCCAAGAAAGGCUAUUCCAGCAGCCGCCAAAAAAAUCCUCUACAGAAUUAUUAUUAUUUUCUUGGGAUCUAUUAUUAUGGUCGGGUUUUUGGUCCCUUGGAACUCUGAUCAACUGAUGGGGUCCGAUAGUUCUAAGACCAAGGCUUCCCCUUAUGUUAUUGCUAUUUCCUCUCAUGGUGUUAGAGUUGUCCCACAUUUCGUGAACGCGGUUAUUCUUCUGUCAGUGUUGUCCGUUGGUAACUCAGCUUUCUACUCCAGCUCUCGUAUCCUGAUAUCGUUGUCCCAACAGGGUUAUGCUCCAAAAUUCUUCAACUAUAUCGACAGGGAAGGUAGACCCGCCAGAGCCAUGGUCAUUGGUGCAUUGUUCGCAGUCAUCGCGUUCUGUGCCGCCUCCUCAAAGGAAGAAGACGUGUUUACCUGGUUGCUUGCCAUCUCCGGUUUGUCCCAGAUCUUUACUUGGGCUGCAAUUUGCCUGUCACACAUUAGAUUCAGAAGAGCAAUGCAUGUGCAAGGCAGAUCCUUGGGUGAAAUCGGUUUCAAGUCAGAAUUGGGCGUUUGGGGAUCUUACUACGCUGCCGGAAUGAUGUUUUUGGUCUUGAUUGCUCAAUUUUGGGUCGGACUGGCCCCAAUUGGUAUGAAUAAACUAGAUGCUCAGAGUUUCUUCGAAAGCUAUCUCGCCAUGUUGAUGUUGAUUGCCUUUUACGUUGGCUAUAUGUUUUGGAAGAAAGACUGGACGUUAUUUAUCAGGGCAAAGGAUAUUGAUCUAGAUCACCACAGACAAAUCUUCGACGAAGACGUCUUAAGGCAAGAGGACGAAGAGACUAAAGAAAAAUUGAGAAACGGUCCACUUUGGAAACGUAUCCUAAAUUUCUGGUGUUGA